GUUCAAUGAAGCUGAAUAGCUCUGCGAAACUUUUAUAGAUGCAAAAAGGAGACCGGCAGGAAGCUGAAUAGUUCCUCCCUUUUUUGACGUAUUCCACACGUGACUUGUAUAGUGCUUUUUCCUCGACACUUUUUCAGCUACAUCCCCUUUUCAUCCGCAACCACCAAAGAUGCGUUUCUCGCUGCUCGUCUUUCCGUCUCUCGCCACGGCUUGGAACUUGGAGAAGUUCACCAACCUCGUCGUGUUCGGUAACAGUUAUACGGACGAGUCGCGCUGGGACUAUUUUGCUAGUCAUAAUGGCUCCGCGCCGCCAGUAGGCUGGGAUGAACCAGUGAGCAAUAAUACUGACUCGGGUGGCUUUGCCUGGCCUCGAUUUGUCGUCAACCAGACCGGAACGAAGCUAUCCGAUUACGCCGUGAGCGGUGCCGACUGCUCCAAGGAAAUCACUUCACGCAUAGAGCCCUCAACCAAGAUUCUAUACCCGUCUGUGUUAGAGUACGAAGUUCCGGCUUAUCUCGCGGAUAGCGCGUCCCAGAGACCCCCCUUCGAGUCCACCGUAUAUGCUAUCUGGAUCGGCACCAACGACAUCGGCUAUGAGGGUUUCUUGACCGAUUCUCAGAAUAAGAACUCUACUCUUGCGGAUUACGUCAACUGCGUGUACAGGGCAUUGGACAACAUCUAUCACUCGGGCGCGAGGAACUUUGUGCUCAUGAACUUAGCCCCUCUUCACCUGACACCGUUGUAUGCAGUGCCGGAGAAGGGCGGAGUCACAGGCAAAGAGUCACAGUAUUGGCCAUGGAAGCCGGAGAACCUUACUGAGAUUAGCCAUAGAAUGAAGGAACAAGUGGUUGCGCUGAAUCAGGUGUUUGAUUACCGCACGCCGUAUGAAGUGCUCAUCGCGAAGAGAUAUCCCGGUGCGAGUUUCGCCGUGAUGGAUACGUAUGGAUUGCUUUCUGAUGUCUACUACAACGACACGAACUACCCGAAUAUCACCAACGUGACUGGCUACACCAAUCACUGUGACCAAAAAACUAAACAGUGCACGCGUCUACCAAAUCCAGAAACGUUCCUCUGGUUCGACGAGCUACACCCAUCAGAGCAGACAGACAAGAUUAUUGCUGAACAGUUUAUCCAGGUGGUCAAGGGAGAAAGCAAAUGGGCAUCCUAUUGGUAGUGAAUAGCGUAGCCAGCGUCAUGAAUCUAGCCACGGCUCUCAUCACCUUCAACACCUUGAAUAUUGAUACGAUGAGCAAGGAGAAGACUGAUUCCUAGGACAAGUACUGUAUAAUUGUCAACUAUCAAUAUAAUCAAAUUCUCACAAGU